UGCCUUUUGUCUAACAAUAAUGUAUGUUCCCAAAGCUUUUUCCCAUGCUUUAACACUUUCUUCUUCAUCUCAUCUCAGCUUUCUCUAACGUCUUUCACCUUUCACUUUUCCCUUCAUGUGCACGCACUCUGGCAUAUCAAGGUAACCUCAGUGUCAGUACUCUUCAUUUUCCUCACACUUGUUCUUCGCUCCAACGGUAUCUCAGUUGGAGAUGUUCCCUUUGGCUGUGUUGCUUUCCCUUGCGUGCAAUUUUCUUGUUGCACCUGUGAGCUCUGUGACCGAUGAAGGCUCUGUACUUCUAACACUGAAGAAGUCCAUCAUCACAGACCCAGAAGGGUCCAUGAGUAACUGGAACUCUUCUGAUGACACCCCAUGUUCAUGGAAUGGGAUCACAUGCAAGGACCAAAGUGUUGUCUCCAUUAGUCUCCCAAAGAGGAAGCUUUAUGGGGUUCUUCCCUCUCAGCUAGGGUCUCUUUCCCACCUCCGACAUCUGAAUUUGAGGAACAACUACCUCUUUGGCAACUUGCCUGUUGGGCUCUUUGAAGCACAGGGACUACAAAGUUUGGUGCUUUAUGGCAAUUCCUUUUCUGGGUCUAUUCCAAAUGAGAUUGGGAAGCUCAGGUACCUUCAAACUCUUGAUUUGUCACAGAAUUUCUUCAAUGGGUCUUUACCUGCUAAAAUAGUCCAAUGCAAGAAGCUCAGAGCACUUGUUCUUAGUCAUAACAAUUUCACAGGUUAUCUACCAGAUGGGUUUGGUGGUGGGUUGUCUUCUCUGGAGAAACUUGACCUUUCUUUCAACCAAUUCGUUGGUUCAAUUCCUAGUGACAUGGGAAAUCUGUCAAGCCUGCAAGGCACUGUUGAUUUGUCUCAUAAUCAUUUUAGUGGUUCGAUCCCAGCUAGUCUUGGUAAUCUGCCUGAGAAGGUUUACAUUGAUCUAACUUUCAACAAUUUAAGUGGUCCAAUACCUCAAACUGGUGCUUUGAUGAAUAGAGGACCAACUGCUUUUAUUGGCAAUUCUGGUCUUUGUGGCCCCCCUUUGAAGAAUAUGUGUGCCCCAGAUACUCAUGGUGCUAGUUCACCUUCCUCUUUUCCAUUUUUGCCUGAUAAUUACCCACCUCAGGAUAGUGAUGAUGGUUUUGGGAAAAGUGGGAAAAGUAAAAGGCUAAGUAAGGGUGCUGUUGUUGGCAUCGUUGUUGGGGAUGUAGUUGGAAUUUGCCUUUUGGGUUUGUUGUUCUCUUAUUGCUACUCAAGGGUGUGUGGUUUUACUCAGGAUCAGGAGGAAAAAGGUUUUGACAAGGGAGGGAAGCUGAGGAAGGAAUGCUUAUGCUUUAGGAAGGAUGAAUCUGAGACCCUAUCUGAUCAUGUUGAGCAGUAUGAUCUUGUUCCAUUAGAUGCUCAAGUGGCAUUUGAUUUGGAUGAACUUCUUAAGGCUUCAGCUUUUGUUCUGGGAAAGAGUGGAAUAGGGAUUGUCUACAAAGUAGUGCUUGAAGAAGGGCUCACCUUGGCUGUCAGAAGAUUAGGGGAGGGAGGUUCUCAAAGGUUUAAAGAGUUCCAAACGGAAGUUGAAGCAAUAGGAAAGUUGAGGCAUCCAAAUAUUGUUACUCUCAGAGCCUAUUACUGGUCUGUUGAUGAGAAGCUUCUCAUCUAUGAUUUUGUUCCCAAUGGAAGCCUUGCUACAGCAAUACAUGGGAAAGCUGGACUUGCCACAUUUACUCCACUUUCUUGGUCUGAUAGACUGAAAAUCAUGAAAGGAAUUGCAAAAGGAUUGGUCUACCUACAUGAAUUUAGUCCAAAAAAAUAUGUCCAUGGAGACUUGAAGCCUGGUAACAUACUGUUAGGACAAAGCAUGGAGCCCCACAUUUCCGAUUUCGGUCUUGGACGCCUUGCUAACAUUGCUGGUGGGUCCCCAACCUUACAAUCCAACCGAGUGGUCACAGAGAAAUCACAAGAAAGACAGAGGAGCUUAUCCACAGAAGUUUCAACCAGUCUUUUGGGAAAUGGUUAUCAAGCUCCAGAAACAAUGAAAGUGGUGAAGCCAUCACAGAAGUGGGAUGUUUACUCAUAUGGGGUGAUUCUGCUAGAGUUGAUUACGGGAAGGUUGCCUAUUGUCCAAGUUGGUAACUCAGAAAUGGACCUUGUUCAAUGGAUUCAGCUCUGCAUUGAUGAGAAGAAGCCACUCUCAGAUGUAUUAGAUCUGUAUUUAGCUGAAGAUGCAGAUAAGGAAGAGGAGAUCAUUGCAGUUUUGAAGAUUGCAAUUGCUUGUGUCCAUAGCAACACAGAAAAGAGACCCAUAAUGAGGCAUGUGCUUGAUGCUUUGGAUAGGUUAUUAUGAAGCUUUGAAUUGUGAAUCCUGUUCAUUUGUGAGGCUUUUAUUCUCUAGGAAUGCCCCAACACUCUCCACGAUACUUUCUUUAUAACACUCUCUUUAUUAUUAGAUAAAAUUUAUCGAAAAUCACAAAUUUUAUGAA